GAAUUUCACUACCUCUACAAUUUCAGGAGUUCAAACAGCAGCGAUGUCAUUUGAAGCCAAAGGAAAACAGGCACAUUGACAGGAGAAAAUAUCUUGUACAUGAUCUUUAUGCAUCCUCAUUCUCGCUCUAAUAAUAUGUGGAUCCCAUAGGACCCACACAGUGAGAAAUAUGAUGUAUAUAUGUGUAAUGUAUGACAGUAUGAGAUUGAGAUAAUUAUUGCAUUGACAAAGAUAACUAAAUUUUCUAUCCCAACCAAUCCCAUCCUGUCCUACAAUGUUUUUACUGCCAUAACAGGGGAAGGAGUUUGUUUUUUCACACUGUGUGUUGAUUUUAUAACUGAAAUCGUGGGUUUAACUGACGUUUUCAAUCUAUAAUAACACACUGUGAGCACUAUAUGGAAGAGUAUUUUUCCAAAAGGGAAUGGGGGUGGGGUUAGAUUUACUUGUCUUAUCCUGAAAAUCUCUCUCUCUCUCUCCAUAUAUAUAAAAAUAUUUUUUAUGCUUUUUACUCGCAUCUUAUUACUAACCUCCAAAACAUUCUCUUUUAAUACUCUUUAUGCCAUCAUUCUUGUCUCUCAUCAAUGAAGAGUUCUUCAUUAGGUAUAACAAAACAAAAUGCUUUCAUCCUGUCUCACCUAAACUUGCCCCACUUUCGUCUAAAAAAAGAGACAAGUGGGAAUGGGCCAUCCAUGACCUGAGACGUACCUGCCCCGUUUGCCAUCCCUAUUAACUAUCAAGUAAUGUAAUGGACACAUAAAAAUGUAUAAUUUUAUGUCACAACUUGACAUGUAAUGAGUUGUGAUUGGUGGAUGUGUGAUGAUGGACCAUGUAGAGAUACAUUUUCACCACUCACAAGUCGCCACGUGGUGAGUUACAUAUGACACAAAAUUAUGUAUUUUUAUGUAUCCCUAGCAUUUCUCUUAACUAUCUGUGCAAUAGUAAAAGUUUUUGGGCUGUCAAGUGCAAUCCCUCCCAAAACCUCACUUAUUCUUAGUGGAGACCACGAAGUUCGUUGUGUGAAUAGGAAGCUGUUGUUGGAAGCCCUUACAAAGGAGCUCCCAAGUGGCACCAUUAGGUUCUCUUCCAAGGUGGUUUCUAUAGAGAUAUCAGGCUUCUAUAAGCUUGUGCAUCUUGCUGAUGGAACCAUUCUCAAGACUAAGGUGUUGAUUGGGUGUGAUGGAGUGAACUCAGUGGUGGCAAAGUGGCUGGGCUUCAAGGCACCAACUUUUACAGGAAGAGCUGCUAUUAGAGGUUGUGUAAAUUUCAAGUCCAAUCAUGGGAUUGAGCCUAAGUUCUUUCAAUUCUUUGGGAAAGCAUUCCGAUCUGGUUUUCUUCCGUAUGAUGACAAUGGCGUCUAUUGGUUUUUGACAUCCAAUGAAGAUAAAGAGAGAGAAGAUGACCCAAUUAUAAUGAAGCAAUUCGUCUUAAGCAAGUUAGGAAAUGAAUAUGUACCUGAUGAGAUAAAGGCCAUUGUUGAAAAUACUGAACUGGAUUCUAUUAUAUCAUCUCCAUUAAGGUACAGACAUCCCUGGGAGCUUCUUUGGGGAAACAUAAGCAAAGAGAAUGUAUGUGUAGCUGGUGAUGCACUCCACCCCAUGACCCCAGACAUUGGCCAAGGUGGUUGUGCUGCCUUAGAAGAUGGUGUUGUUUUGGCCAGGUGUCUUGCUGGGGCUUUACUAAAAGAACAAAGUGAGGAAACAAAAGGGAAAGGUGAUAGAGAAAGAGAGGAAUAUAAGAGGAUUGAGAUGGGGUUGAAGAAGUAUGCCAAAGAGAGGAGAUGGAGAAGCAUUGAGCUCAUAAGUACAGCUUAUAUUGUUGGUUUUGUACAGCAGGGUAAUGGAAAAGUGACAACCUUCUUUAGAGACAAUAUAUUGGCUGCAUUUCUAGCUGGGUUACUGUUGAAGAGAGCCGAUUUUGAUUGUGGGAAGUUAAGCUUUUCUUGAAUGCAAUCAUGUACAUUUGCUUUGCAUUAUUUUUGCUAUUUUUUUUCAUUUUAUCAAGUGACAUGAGCAUAAAGUGAGAGGAGGUGCUAAUUGAGAUAUAUGUCAUUGUUAUUCAAAACAACUCUGGUUGUUUUU